UAGUCCACUCCAGCCGCCCAGCGGGAGCCCCAGGAGCGCUCUCCGUUCUUGGGGACAAGGCAUCCGAGACCCCCCUCGUGGAGUGAAAUUCAAUUUACGAGCCAGUUCUCAGCGCGGUCGAAGCACCGAGGUGAACUCGGCCUGAGCUGCGGGACCCCGGAGCCUAAGAGGCCUGCCUAUGGACCUUUGGGGACUCGACUGAGGACGACCCGGGGUCCCUAGCCAGAUGUGUCUUGGCCAUCUAGCUCAGCUUCUGUUCUCCGGGGACCUGGCGACAUCCCUCCUUCAGCCAGACGACACCACGGAAGAGCAGAGGACCCGCGCUCCUAGUCUCCAGGAUGUGCCCGUCUGAGAUGGGGACGCUGUGGCACCUCUGGUCUCCAGUGCUCAUCAGCCUGGCCGCCCUUUUCUCCAAAGUGACGGAAGGCCGAGGGAUCCUGGAGAGCAUCCAGCGGUUCUCACUGCUGCCUACCUACCUCCCGGUGACUUACCACAUCAACAAUGCCGAUGUGUCCUUCUUCCUGAAGGAGGCCAACCAGGACAUCAUGCGCAACUCCAGCCUGCAGUCGCGGGUUGAGUCCUUUCUGAUCUACAAGUCCAAGCGACUGCCGGUGCUCAACGCCAGCUACGGGCCCUUCUCACUUGAGCAGGUGGUGCCCCAGGACUUGAUGCUGCCUUCCAACCCAUUUGGAUUCACCAACACAUUCUCCCUUAACUGGAGGCUGAAGGCCUACAUCUUGCAGGAGAAGGUCUACUUGAGCCAUCCCAAAGUGCAGGUGCUCUUCCAUGUCGUGGGCAGAGACUGGGAUGACCACAGGGACGAAAAGCUACCCUGCCUGCGGGUUUUUGCUUUCCAAGAGACCAGGGAGGUUCGGGGCAGCUGCCAGCUAGGCGGAACCCUGGGCCUGUGUGUGGCCCAGCUGGAGAUGCUGCCUGACUGGUUCAAUCCCCCUAUCGUUGUGUCUGGGCGCAGGAGGCCCCCAGAGCAGCUGGAAGGGAGCCCUGUAGAACUGUAUUAUGCUGUCCAGCCAGGGGAUGAGCGAGGGGACUGUGCCAAGGAGGACUCGAGGAAGGGUGGUGGUGCGCCGAUGGGUCACAAUGACGUUGAUGAAACCAGCCCCCCUUUGCACAGAAUUGGAAGUGUCUUCCUUCGUGAGACCCCUAGCAGUCCACCUCUGAGGGAACUGCGUUUAGAUAGCAACGUGGCCGUUCAUUAUGUCCCCAAGACUGUGCGACAAGGAGAUGUACUCACCUUCCCCAUUUCUGUCUCCAGGAACUGCACAGAGGAUUACUUCACACUGAGGGCCAAGGUUAAGAAAGGAGUGAGCAUCAUUGGGGUGAGAGCCAGCAGCCCUUCCAUCUGGGAUGUCAAGCAGAGCUCAGAAUACACUGGGAAGUAUGCACCAGCUGUCAUCAUUUGUCAGAAGAAAUCUGCUGGCUCAGAGAAGAGCGUGGAUGAUGCCUCCUACGAAGUCAUGCAGAUUGACAUCGAGAUCGAAGGACCCAGCGACCCACCCUCCACACAGCUUGUCACGUGGCAGGUUGAAUACCCAGGAGACAUCACGUCUGACUUGGGGGUGUCCAAGAUCUAUGUGAGCCAGAAGGACUUGAUUGGGGUCAUUCCACUGGCAAUGGAGGCAGAGAUCCUGAACACAGCCAUCCUCACUGGGAAGACAGUGGCUGUCCCUGUGAAGGUGAUCUCGGUAGAGGAAGACGGCACAGUACAGGGUGUGUCGGACUCGGUGGAGUGCAGGUCAGCAGACGAAGACACGGUUAAGGUUUCUGACAGAUGUGACUAUGUCUUUGUCAAUGGGAAGGAAAUGAAGGGCAAGGUGAACGUGGUCGUCAGCUUCACCUACCAGCACCUGAGCAGCCCCCUGGAGAUGACAGUGUGGGUGCCACGGCUACCCCUGCAGAUUGAGGUCUCGGACAUGGAGCUGAACCAGAUCAAGGGCUGGAGGGUCCCUGUUAUCUCCAACAAAAGGCCAGCUCGGGACAGUGAGGAGGAAGAUGACGAUGAAAAGAAGGGCCGAGGCUGCACCCUCCAGUACCAGCAUGCCAUGGUGCGAGUCCUGACCCAGUUUGUGGCCGAGGCACCUGAUCCUGGGGGACACCUGGCCUACCUGCUGGGCUCUGACUGGCAGGUGGACAUCACAGAGCUGAUAACUGACUUCAUGCAGGUGGAGGAGCCCAGGAUCGCCAAGCUGCAAGGAGGGCAGAUCCUGACUGGCCAGGACCUGGGCAUGACCACCAUCCAGAUCCUGUCCCCUCUGUCGGAUGCCAUCCUUGCCGAAAAGACCAUCACUGUGCUGGAUGAGAAGGUGACCAUCACAGACCUGGGGGUCCAGCUGGUAACGGGUCUUUCGCUGUCCCUGCAGCUCAGCCCCGGGAGCAACAGAGCCAUUUUUGCUACUGCAGUGGCUCAGGAACUUCUGCAGAGGCCCAAACAGGAAGCAGCCAUCAGCUGCUGGGUACAGUUCAGUGACGGUUCUGUCACACCAUUGGACAUUUAUGAUGAAAAGGAUUUCUCCCUAAUGGCCACAUCCUUGGAUGAGAAGGUUGUCUCCAUUCUCCAGGACCCCAAAUUCAAGUGGCCUAUCAUUGCUGCAGAAAAUGAAGGACAGGGGUCCCUGGUGAAGGUGGAGAUGCUGAUCAGUGAAUCUUGCCAGAAAUCUAAGCGGAAGAGCGUGCUGGCCGUGGGAACCGCCAACAUCAAGGUUAAAUUUGGACAAAAUGAUGGGAACCCCAAUAGCAGUGAGAGUGGACACCUUGGGGCCGGGCUUCACGUGGAGAAUAUCAGUGACAGGAGAUCCAAAAAGCCUUUGCAGGAAUGGGGGAGCCCCGAUGGGUCGUACUACAGCAGCUCAUCCAUGGGGCUCAUGGAGGGAUGGGGCAGUACAACCAAGAGGCCAACUUUCCAGAAGAAGGAAGGCCAGGAAAGCCUGUUAGAUGACAUCAUCUUCUCACAGACCAUGGCCACAGACCUCACCAGCUUCCCAGAUCAGGUGGACCUCCCCAGGAGCAACACAGGCACUGAGGAGCAUGACCCUGACCAGGCAGCCAAGGGCUUGAGUGACCUGGAAAUCGGGAUGUAUGCUUUGCUGGGUGUCUUCUGCCUGGCUAUCUUGGUGUUCUUAAUUAAUUGUGUGACCUUUGCCCUGAAGUACAGGCACAAACAGGUUCCCUUUGAGGAGCAAGAAGGUCUGAGUCACUCUCAUGACUGGGUUGGGCUGAGCAACCGGACAGAGCUGUUGGGGAACCACUUGAACUUCGUCUCCUCCCAAGAGGAACAGAUCACUGCCAUUGACAGGGGUCUGGACUUCGAGGAGAGCAAACUCCUUCUCAGUUCAAACUCCCAGAGCAGCAUCAAUGGACAGCUGUUCAGGUCCACGGGAGCCAUGCCCACAGAUGGGAAAGAACAGAAGAGUGAACCCCCCACAUCCCCUACCUCCAAAAGGAAAAGAGUGACAUUCUCCACGUUCUCUGCCAUUUCCUCAGAUGACGGGUGUUCUGUUGGGAACACCAUAGUGUUGAGUAAUGAGGAUGACAUUAAGUGGGUCUGCCAGGCCCUGGACCCUGGGGAGUGUCCAGAACCUCACAGUUGCAUGGAGAGGCUACAUGAGCACGUGUAACACAGACACCAAUGUUGUUACUACCUUUCAGCCUUUAACCCACCCGGGUAUGGGGAGUAGACAUGCAGCCAAGGGAGAAAUGAGACAAGAGGACACCAUAAGGGUGACACUGUCCAUGGAGCCUUGGGAAAUGGUCCCCUCGUAGCUGGGGAGGCCCAGAGUCGGUACCCAUGCAUAUGCUGUUGCACACAGUGUUUUGGUUGGACUUUAGAGGUUUAUUGUGCAUGGCAACAUGUUUUCAAAGCUGGAGCAAAGAGGUGUGUUUGAGGGUCUACAGGGAAGAACUCUCUCCCCUUAAUCUAAAGCAAUUUGGUUUUGGGUGAGAUCCACGCUGCUUUGAGAGUCAAUUUUUCAGACCAUGGAAAUGAAAAAGCAAGGUCCUGAUUGAGCAUGCGUGGAUCAGUGGGUAGAAGCAUGCCAUCCGAGUGGAGCAGCGGGGCUGGCUACAAGUGUGCCCACAGGCGAAGCCUAGCGCUGACGCUGGCUGCAAGAAGCAGGGUGGUGAGCUGUAGUUCCCAAAGAUGGGGUCAAAGUUGACCGGGAUUAUCGACAGGCCAAGGCAGAGAUUAGCAGGGCAAAGAGGAAAUGGGUAGAUGAAUGGCCCACAAAUAUUUUUGUAAGUACAUGCCAAGACACACACACACACACACACACACACACACACACACACACCAUUAGAACAACUCAGAGAAGCUGCCUGCCUGUAGGACACUGGGCACAAACCACGAGCCUCCUUUAGCAAGUUCAGCACAUUUGAACUUGAUCUCUCCACUCCACUGAUGCCCUUACUGCAGCUGUUGGUUAUUGUGAGUGAGGAAGGGAGGAUAAAAUUUCCAGAACUUUCUCCCUGCCUCUCUUUCCCCUGGGCUUUGUGUCAACCUCAAGUGACAUUCCGUAGAGAAGGUCCCGGAGACCUUCUGAAGAGUCUGGUCUCCAGAGUGUUAAGCAGAGCUCCGGGUGAAUUCCCCAUCCUCUCUCUGCUUCCCUAGAAACCAUAGGGGGCUGUUUUGGGAGUGGGUCUGCAGCCACUCAUGUUGGGUCUCUCGUCCGAGAAUUCGCCACCAGGGUGUUAAGACAAAUCCAUCCGUUGAGAGUAGGUGGGCCCUUCUGAGCUGUAAGAGGCGAGUAGGAAGGUAGGCUUAUGCAUGCUUGGACAGCAUGAGAGAGAUAAAGGGUGUGUGUGUGUGUGUGAGAGAGACAGAGAGAGAGAGAGAGAGAGAGAGAGAGAGAGAGAGAGAGA